AUGGCCAUCACAGAAAUCGUCACCGUCUCUGUCAAUCCCGACCCAGCCAAUCUGGAACAUGUCGAGAAGAUUUUCCCCGGACUCAAGAAAUAUUUCACAGACCCCAACCCAGGGAUUCUCAGCAUGUUUCGGGGUUGGGCCCUUGAGGUAGAAUGGAACGAGGCAGCCUCAUUCCACAACUUUAUCGGCUCUGACAAAUUCAAGGAAUUCGCUGGCCUGGUCAAACCUUUCGUGCUAGGACCUCCGGAGCUGCAACUAUUCGAGACAAAUCAAAGUCCUACAGAGCCUGCCAGUUCUCCUGUAGUGGAGAUCUAUCGGGUCAGUGUUGCGAGUGACAAGGUCAGCGAAGCCAGAGCUGCAUGGGAGGAUUCGGUCCAGAAGCUCAAUGCCAAAGCUGGCGUGAAAGCCAAGCUUACUCAUGGGAAGAGUUUGAACCUCCAGGAGGAUGUAGUUCUUGGUAUUCUGGGCUGGGAGAGCUUGGAGGAACGUGAUAACGCAACCGAUGAUCCGGAGUUCAUGGCAGGAUUGGAUCGUUUACGCGCUCUCGGAAAUUUGUCUGAAGCAGUCGUGGAGUUUGAUUGUCUAAUCUAG